AUGGUGCCAGCGGCGAAAAGACGCCGUAGGGGUGUAAAAACUGAGUUUGAAGAGAAUAGCAGCUCGUCAUGCACCGUGAGCAGGCAUGAUGUCAGUGGCUUGAUGGCCGAAGAUUGCUGCAGCACUGGGACAGAACCGGCAUGGAAGAGGCAUCUGGAGAACAUUGGACAGAUGAGAAGUGGACGUGACGCACCAGUUGACAGUAUGGGAUGUCACAUGCUUGCGGAUAAGCUAGCCGAUCCGAAGGUAUCUGCACUGUUCUUAGGUUUUUCCAUUCGCUUUCAUCCAUAG